AUGCUCAAUCAGGGUCUAUACUAUCUCCUACAUGUGCCAUUACUGGGUGCAUUGGCACUGGUCCUGGCAGAUGGCCCUGUGUCCAUCGAACAGAUGGAGGGAUACGGCAGUUUACGAAACUGUGCUCGGAAUGUCUGUUUUGAGGCCUCUCUAGGCGGCAGUCGUAUUGGCUACGAGCUGAGCUGUCCAUCUCCGCUGAUGAAUGACUGCUUCUGUCGCCCGGACUUGCAGGUGUCAGCUACCUCCUAUCUAUCAGCAUGCGUGAACAGCUAUUGCGAGAGUAACAGCAUUGAUGUGACCCGAGCCGUCAAGAUCUACACGGACUACUGUGCGAGUGCAUCCCAAACCCGGAGCUCUUCUAGACAGACAACAACCGAAGAUAACCAAACCCCCACCCACACUGCGCCGACUCGUUCUUCUUCAUGGGAAACACCGGCACCCACUAGCAUGAGUGAGCAAAACACUCCACUAACCACUCCUCCUGCUGAGCCCACGUCAGAGUCCAGUUCAUCCAACAACAACAUGAGCCCGCCCGCAAAGGAGGAAGACAAGCUACGAGGAGGAGAAAUUGCAGGUAUAGUUGUCGGUAUACUUGGCUUCAUCGCAACUGCUGCCGGCGUGUAUUUCUCGUAUAGGAUGCUUAAAAACAAGAAGCAACGCCGUGCAGCUUCUCCGGAGAUGGCUUCGGUUUAUUGA